AAUGUAGCUAACCAAUUUCUCCAGUUCGCCAUGAAAAGACGGUGAUUUCAAACAGAAAACAGCAGCCACGGGAACCAUGUCACACCAUAAUGUGGUUAACGGAUGCAAACUGGUCGCUGCGCUUCUUCUUUGGCUUGGUCCCUCUGCUGGAGACAAUACAGGUCGUGCUCAUGCAGCAGAGCUCCAGGAGCACACCGCACACAGCUCUGUUGGAUUGGAGGAGGUGGUGUUAGUGAUCCAGAGCCAGAGGAACUCCUACCACGCCCAUCGAGGUGGUCAGAGUAAGGUGAAGAUUCUGCAGCAGGCAGCUGAACUGGGACAGGUAACAUCUGUUAGGAGUGACCAGCAGAGGCAGCGGCUACACACUCUCCAUAUUUUGUACCUCAGUGCAAGAAUUCUGGGAGUUCCAGUCGUUCUUCUUCUCCAUGAGCUGUCAGAGUACGAAGGGGAUUGGAGUAUCCUCCCUGCGCUUCCUCGUCUCUCUGCCACUUAUGGUCAAUCAGCAUCCUGGUUUUUCUUCAUAGAGGAGGAAACCAGUGUCACACUGCCUGCUCUGCUGCAGGUCCUCCACAGAUAUCCAGUCCAAGAGGAAUGGUUUUUGGGUAAGUGCCUCCAUGACAACGAGGCCUCCAUCAUCCACCACUACGCCUUCUCUGAAGACCCCAGUUCCUUCAGUUACCCUGACCCUGCAGCAGGCUGGGCACUCAGCACGCCGCUGCUCCAGAGACUCGCUGAGCGGAUCCAACACGAGCAUCUGAAGUCAGAUUUUACCAUCGACUUGAAACAUGAGAUUGCGUUGUAUAUUUGGGAGGAAGGAUAUGGUCCAAAGCUGACAGCAGUUCCAGAGUUUUGUACAGAGACAGGAGACAAUUGUGCUACGACGUUUACAACCUAUCUGCCCAACUGUGGAGAUCCAGUGUCGAAGAAAGACGUAUUUGUUGCUGUGAAAACUUGCCAAAAAUUUCAUUCGGAGCGAGUACCAGUGGUGAAAGCAACCUGGGAGAAAGACGCUGGGUUUUUAGAGUAUUACAGUGAUGUCACUGAUGCCUCCAUACCCACAAUCAGUCUGGGAGUGCCCAAUACUGAGAGAGGACACUGUGGGAAGACAUUUGCCAUCUUGAGGCGGUUCCUGAGCAAAGCUGUGCCAAAGGCUGAUUGGCUACUCAUUGUUGAUGAUGAUACACUCAUCAGUUUACCCAGGUUGCAGCGACUGCUGCGUUGCUAUGACCCAAAGGAAGCACUGAGCCUGGGGGAGAAAUACGGCUACAGCUUGGUUCAGAACGGAUACAGUUACACCACAGGAGGAGGAGGGAUGGUGCUCAGUAGGGUGGCGGUGUCCAGGCUGGUUUCCAGUGGUUGUAGCUGCUACAGUGAUGAUGCUCCUGAUGACAUGGUGCUGGGCAGGUGCUUCACUUCCCUGGGUGUUCCCAUCACACACAGUCCACUGUUCCACCAGGCCCGACCGGAUGACUACUCCGAGACACUGAUCUCCUUGCAGCAGGCCAUCUCCUUCCACAAGCACUGGAACAUAGAUCCCGUGGCCGUCUACAAACACUGGCUGCAGGACGCACACCCGCGAGAUGAACUGUAGAAACAGUGUGUGUAUAUAGUAUGUAUACCAACCUGUAGACAAACUUUCAAAUCAAAUUUGCACAACAGCAUAGAGCUAAAGAGCUAAAUAUGAGCUAAAUAGAGCUAAAGAUGAGCAAACAAGCAGCCACCACUACAGAAAGUGUAAUACCCUACUGUAGAGAGACCUGGUAAACCUGCCCUGAAACAUAAUUCUUACAAGCCUUAAUACCAGCAUUGAUCAAUAUUUUUGAUAUCAACAUUAAUUCAUAUGACUGUGUAAUGUAUCACACAGAGGUUUUUAGCUUCUUUAGCUAAUUUUUUUCGUUAAAUAGCCUGCACACCGACUGUAUGAUUGAGUCAGAGAAAAAAAGCUCUAUUAAAAAUCUAAUUGCUGAGUGGAUGCUAAUGUUUCUUUGCCUCUGCUGGAUGUGUAAGUAUGUGAUUGUUUGCUAACAUGUUAGCCAUAACAGCUGUAAGCCAUGGAUAUGAGGCUGUGUGUCUGUUGGCCUGUUUUGAAGUUUUUCUGCCCCCUAGUGGUCAAAUAUCAAUUACUGACAGUGAAAUUAGCUAGUGAAAUCCUAACUUCUAGUAAAAAAAGAUUAAGAGUCUACAACAACGCUAGCGGCUCUGCAAAGCUAUACUUGGAGUGCUUUGCAGUGCUUUGAGCUAUAAUGCUAACGUUAGCAUGCUAAUGUGCUCACAGUGACAAUGCUAACAUGCUUAUGUUUAGCAGACCUUUACUGUGGUCAACAUCUUAGUUUAGCAUGUUAGCAUGCAAACAUUUGGUUGUUGGGAAUCUCAUUUAUUUUCUAUAUUAUAUGGAUGGAUAUUUGGUCAUUAAUCAAAGUAUUGGGGCAAUGUGAAAUAUUGACUGAUUAUAUUGAUUAUAGCGCUAGAUGAAAAGUCAGGUGAAUUAAGUGUUACAGUGAGAAAGGUUAAAAAUGUGAAUGAUCUGUGCUGUAUUGGUGAAGAGACACCCAGUGUAUAUUUUAUUUAUUUAGUCAGGUAAGUCCCUUUGAGGUUGGAAACUUCUGCAAAACAAAGCAAGUUGUAGACAAAAUAAUACAAAAUUAGGCAACAGCUAAAAUAAAAUACAAAAAUAUAUACCAUGGCUGUAAAAUUUACAAUUUACUUGAUUUGAGUCAUAAAUAUCAGAUUCUUCAAUUUAAAUUGAGCCAACCAGAUGAUAAUAACAUCAAUAUAAUGUUCAUUUCACUUUUAGACAAAUACACUUACAUAGUUUGACAUUUUUGGAAAUAUGCUUAUUCGUUUUUUUUACGAAGAGUUAGAUUUCCGAAAGUCGAACUAUUCCUUAAAAAAAUAUAUAUAUAUAUAUUUAUAUGUCUUUUUGUAUCUUAACAAAAUUAGUUGUGUAUACAUGUUUUUAUGAAUUUGCUCUUUAUAUGUUUACCACAUGAUUGUGUGAAUGAGUCUCUAAUGGAGGAAUUUCCAAUAGAAUUUUAUUUUUGAUGUGUGAACAGAAUAACUGGGUGUGUGUGGGUUAGUCAGCUGGAUGGGUGUAAGAGUGAUUACAACCACAGCUGGCAAGCCUGCAUUAAAAUGCCAUUUUGUAGCUGUUUUUGUGAAUAUAUAAAUGUUUGUGUGUGCUUGAAAACCUGUUAUUUCCUUCUUUAAUAAUUUGGAAAUAAAAUAUUCAUUGGGUUGAACAAAA